UUCACGUAGUAUUGCAUAAUUGAGAUUUUAGUCAUUCUCCUAAUCGUUUUUCAUUCCUACAAAAAUUUUAUAGAAAGAAAAGAAAAAUCUACUCUUUCAUCCCUCUGCUAGUCUCGCCAGCAACCUGUAUAAAGAUAUUGGGUUAAAAAAAAAAAGUUAUGAACAAGCAAGGAGAUUAAAGUUCAAAAGCUAUAUAGAUCGAAACAAACCAUGGCAGAGAGUGUCGUGAGUUUUCUAUUAGAGAAGCUUUCAUCCUUGUUGGAAGGUGAAGCAAAGCUCAUGAGUGGAUUUCGAAAUGAAGUUGUUUUUGUGAAAAAUGAGUUGGAUCGCAUGAGGGCCUUCUUGCGAUCUGCUGAUGCUUCAGAAGAUGAGGAUGAGGAAAUCAAAGUAUGGGUUAAGCAAGUUAGGGAGGUUGCUUACGACAUAGAAGACAUUCUCGAUGAUUUUUUGUAUAGAUUUGAGCAUACUAAGCGACAUGGAGUUUAUGGUCAUUUGUGUAAGAUGGUUCGUGGAAUCAAGAACUUGAAAGCUCGCCAUCGAAUUGCCUCCCAAUUGCACAAUAUCAAAGUCAGAGUUACUGAUAUUUUUGAGGGACAUAAGAGAUAUGGUUACAAAUUGGGUUGUAUAGAGAUCGGAUCAAGUUCUGGGACCAAACCUUUGUACUCUUCUGAGCUUAGAAGUGACGCACGGUUGCUGGAAGAAGCUCAACUAGUGGGCAUUGAUUCACACAAGCAAGAUCUUUUGAGUUUUCUUGUGGAGGAUACCUCUCAACUACAAGUGGCUGCAGUGGUGGGAAUGGGAGGGCUGGGAAAAACCACUCUAGUGAGUUCAGUUUAUAAUGAUUUACAAGCAAAGAAUCAUUUUCAUCAACAUGAAGCUUGGGUCACUGUUUCACAAUCGUUCAAGCUAGAUGACCUUCUGAGGCAAAUUAUCCGGCAAUCAUUCAAAACUUUCAACCUACCACUUUCGGAAGAGGUUGAGAAGUCCACAGACACUCACUUCCUAAAGAGAACAAUUGUUGAUUUUCUUCAUGGGAAAAGAUACUUGCUUGUAUUAGAUGACAUAUGGGAUGUGGAUGCAUGGGAAGCAGUAAAAGCUGCAUUUCGAAACAACAACAAUGGUAGCCGAUUAAUAAUCACAACUCGUAUUGCAGAUGUGGCCACUUCCUCUACCAAAGAUGUUGGUGGUAAGAUCUUUCACUUAAAUCCUUUAUCUUUUGAAGACUCUUGGACACUAUUUUGUGCAAAAGCCUUCCAAGGCAACCCUUGUCCUACUCAUUUGGAGAAAAUUUCAAAAGACAUCCUAAAAAGAUGCGAGGGAUUGCCUCUUGCCAUUGUGGCAAUAGGAAGCAUGUUGGCUACAAAGGACAUCUACAAGGUGGAUGAGUGGGAGAUUGUUGAUCGUUCUCUGCGAGCUGAAUUACAAGGAAAUAAAAAAUUGAAAGGCAUGCAAGCGAUACUUUCACUUAGUUUCAAUGAUUUGCCUUACAACUUGAAGUAUUGUUUCAUGUAUGUGAGUGUAUUCCCUGAGGAUUACUUGAUUAAACGCAAUGUUCUGAUUCGAUUGUGGAUUGCUGAAGGUUUCAUAGAAGAAGCUGAGGGAAGACCAUUAGAAGAAGUAGCAAAUGGUUGUUUCAAUGAGCUUAUUAAUAGAAGCUUGGUCCAAGUGAAGGAUAGAUAUGAUGAUGGAAGAAUCAAAAGUUGUCGAGUGCAUGAUAUUUUAAGGGAAACUAUGCUUCUUAAAUCAAAAGACCAAAGCUUUGCAACAAUAACUAAUAAAGAGAGUGGUAGAAGGAUGUCAGAAAGAGUUCGACGACUAUCUGUGCAUGAAGGAACAAAUAUAGAUAUAUUUGAGGCCAAUCACUUAUCUCAAUUGCGCUCCGUUCUCUUAUUCACCAAAGAAAAUGAUGUUUGGAACAAUUUGAUGUCUUCAUUUUCUGACCAUGGGUAA